GAGACGACGUAUUGUUGUGCGCGUCGUUUUGUGGCAAAUAUUUUUUUUGUUGAUUACGCUCGCAUUACGCCAGUUGUUAAUUAAUUAGUUUUUCAGCAUACAUGAGUGAAUGCAGUUUGAAAGAAAAAUGCUCGCCUGUCAUUGCAACUUCGACGCCCAUAAUUAGGCACCACAUCUCUCUCUCUCUCUCUUCGUCUCGCUCCCAAAUCGCCAAUCAAUUGCGGAGCAGAAGCAACAGCUGAAAGCAACCAAAUUUCGCUCUAGCGAUUUGUGUGUAAAUAGCCAACAGUGCAAAUAUUGCAGGUCAACUACUGCAAAAAGAAAAAAAGAGUGCCUGUGCUUGUGUUUGUGAGUGUGUUUGUGUUCUUGUGUAUGUUUUACAAUGCGCGCCACAAUUGAGUUUGAAGAAUGCCUAAAGGAUUCGCCGAGAUUCAGACAAUUCAUAUCCAAGGAGGAGGCGGAUAUUGAGCAUUUGGAGCAGCGGCUGGAGAAAAUCAUCAAGCUGUGCAAUGUGGCCGUCGAUUCGGGCAAGGAAUAUGUCAAGAAUCAGAGCGCGUUUGCCAUGUCCUUGUGGGAUCUGCAGCAGCAUUUUCUUGAUAAUAAGAAUGCGCACAAUGCGCUGGGCAAACUGAUUCAUUGCUUCCAGGAAAUGAACAAAUUCCAUACGAUAUUAUUAGAUCAGGCCAAUCGAACGGUGCUGAAAAAUCUCAACGUAUUUGUCAAAGACGAUAUUAACCAGGUCAAGGACUACAAAGGACACUUCCUGAAGGUCUCCGAGGGCUAUGACAAUGCGCUCAUUAAGAACGCUCAGGCUGGCAAAAAUCGACCGCAGGAGGUUCAGGAGGCAGCCAAUAUAUUGUCUGCCUCAAAGUCUUGCUUCCAACACACUGCUUUGGACUAUGUCAACUAUAUUACGCUAGUGCAGGCCCGCAAGGUGCCUUCCAUACUGUCGACGCUGCUGGACUAUUAUCAGGCGUGCGUGACCUACUACCAUCAGGGCUUUGAUUUAUGCAACGACUUUGACGAGUUCUUCAAGAAUAUCAGCGAGGAUUUGAAUGCUCUCCGCGGCGACUAUCAGCAGCUGGAGAAGGUCAUGCAGAAUCGGCACAUGAGCGUGAAUCGCUAUUGCGAUUCAAAUACGAACAGUGCCUCGCACAAUGUCGAGGGCUAUCUGUUCAAGAAGAAGUCAAAGGGCUUUAAGACUUGGUGUCGACGUUGGUUCUACCUCAGCGAUAACCAGUUGGUCUACAGAAAACGCAGCAACGAGGAUUCGUUUUCGGUCAUGGAGGAGGAUCUGCGCAUCUGCACGGUGCGGCCGGUGAGCGAAGGCGAACGUCGGUUCUGCUUUGAGGUCAUCUCGCCAACCAAAUCUCACACACUCCAAGCGGACUCAGCGGACAUGCUCUCACUUUGGAUAUCGGCGCUGCAGCACAGCAUUGGAGCAGCUAUACAACACACAUCGACACAUCACUCACGACCACAGUCGACGAAUGUGCCGAAUGCGCUGCCAGCGAAGCGACGCAUCCACUGGGAAGAGUUCUUGAAAAUACCAGGAAAUGCGCAGUGCUGCGAUUGUCGUGGCUCAGAUCCACGUUGGGCUUCCAUCAAUUUGGGUAUCACGCUGUGCAUCGAGUGCUCUGGUGUGCAUCGCAGCCUGGGCGUCCACUACAGCAAGGUGCGCUCCCUGACGCUGGAUGCCUGGGAGACGGAGAAUGUCAAGGUGAUGAUGGAGCUGGGCAAUGAGGUCGUCAAUCGCAUCUACGAGGCACGCAUCGGUGACGACUGUGAGCUGAGGAAGCCAACGGAGCAGUGUGAGAUUGGAGUGCGCGAGGCAUGGAUUAAGGCCAAGUAUGUGGAACGGCGAUUUGUCUGUGGCAUGCCCAAGCCACAGGAUUUGCUGGCCAGUGAAACUGCCGAGGUGCUCAGCAUUGAAAGUGGUGGAGCGAAGGAAAAUAAUGAGGGCGAUGGCGAUGGCGAUGGAGGUGGUGGAGGUAGCAGUGGCAGUGGCGGCGUCGGCCUCGGCGGCAUUGGACUUCUUGGCAAGCGUGCAACUCUGUCGCUGGGCGGCACACGCAAGUGGACAGUAAAGAAGCUACGACGACGACGCCAGCAGCGACCAUUGCCCAAGACCCUUAGCGAUGAUCCCAGCAUAUACAAUUCAGCUAAAACUGGCGACGAACUGGACGAUGAUGAUGACGACGAGUCCAUAAACAUUCCCUCAAUGUCGCUGAGUAUAUCGCGCGAUGAUUUGAUGGUCAUUGGCGAUGAUCUGGCGUUGGAUAGCUAUGAGACGCCCGGCAUCUUGGGCAGCGAUCAGGAGAGCACUGAAGGCGAAUCUGAUGCGGAACAACCGGAGGAAGUGCCCUUCACCCAGCUGGAUGCUAAUCUCUUGCUGUACAAAGCAUCCGUUGUGCAUAAUCUUCCCGUUAUGUGCAUGGCCUUUGCCUUGGGCGCCGACAAGCACUGGAAGAACGCGCAGGAUCGUCAGCGUUCCUUUUUGCAUCAGGCCGUGCUCUCCGGCUCAGUGAUGGCUUGUGAGUAUCUGCUGCUAAAUGGAGCUGCCAUCAAUGCUGUCGACGAGCUUGGCUAUAGUGCGCUGCACAUAUCCACGGCCAAAGGACACAUUGCACAGGUGUAUUUGCUGCUAAAGCAUAAGGCAGCCUACGAUCUGUCCUCCAGUGAUGGCAAAAUGGCGCUGGACAUUGCCGUUGACCAGAAGAAUGCGGAUAUUGUUACGCUUCUGCGCCUGACGCGCCUCAACGAUGAGAUCGGCUUCAACGAUGAGUACAAUGGCGAGGAUGAGACCUACAAGGAUGUAAUGAAGGAUUUCUCCAAUUUUGCUGCGAGCCAGCCACGCAUGUUGCGGCAGCGCAACGAUUCCAAUACGCUCGAAUCGCAGCGCAGUUCGCUGACCAACUCCGAAUAGCAGUGGGAGAGGGAGGCCAACCGGCGAAACUAACAACUUACUCGUUACAACAGAUAUUCCAAUGUUUAGCUAAAUGCUUUGUAAAAUCGUCUGGCCUUUGUGCGCUAUGCCGCUAAAUGGUUAAACGGUUCAUUUAUGUGCUGGCAUUUAAAGGAGGCGGCCAACUCAAAUCUGUUUUAGACUAUAUGCAAUCUCUUGAAAACGUCGCUUUUGAUAUUAAUACAUUGCAUUUCAGUUUCGUA